AUGUAUCUCUUUACAUGUUGGAUAUGUUCUUUUUUACCCUUAAAAAUGAAAUUUCCAGAUUUUUCCCAUCUAUUAUACUUUACACUAGGAUCUACUUUUACACUUUGUAUCUGUACAAAGUGUAGUUAUUCAUUAUUAUUUAUAAUAUCUUUGUCAAGUCUUAUGUUCUUAUUUACCGAUGAUUCUUUUUUAAAUCUCUCAGAUAUCUUGUAUUUAUUUAUUAUUUUUAUAAUAGAAUAUUUUUUAAGUUUUAUUUCUUAUAUGCAGCUUUUUAAUUUUUAUAUUUUUAAUACAUUUUUUUCUUUGUGUAUGGUAAGUUGUACAAUUCUUUAUAUUAUAAAUUUAGACAUUUUUAAAUAUUCUAGAUCUACAUAUCUAAUAUACUUUAUUAUUUCUGGAUUUUUAUUUAGUAAAUGUUAUUUCAGUUUGUUGUUUUUCAUAAACAAACUUAAUAAUGAAUAUAAUUGUAGGAUAAAAAACAUUUAUCAAAAUGAAAAAGAUUCACCUUGUAUUAUUCCUUUUUUAGAAUAA